UGUGACGCACCAGGCCGAGCGGGCGCGGGGCCGGGUCAGAGCCCGCUAUGGUGACCCCAACACCCGUUCCCACCCCCGGGGAGCCUCCCCCGCCAAGGCCCGACCUUCACGGUCCCGGGGAUGCCGGCGGGCGUCCGCGCUCCCACCAAGUGGCCCCUAGUUCUAACCGACAGACCCCACGACCCCCGAGCUCCACCCCGGGCGCGGCGGCCCGCCCCCCGUCCCCGCCCCCAGCCGUGACCGCGGCCGCCCGGGUCCCCGGUGCGCCCACCAUGGUGCCCGCCAGGCCAGGCGCAGCCAGAGCCCCGCACAGCAGCGCCGGCUUCAGCAAGCGGCUCAGACGGCCCCAGCUCAUCUCGGCGGCCGGAGCCAGCGGCUCCUCCCCUCACGCAGCCGGCCAAUGGACGCGCGCUGCCGAGUCUGGCCUGCCCGCCCUCGGCCACGCCCACUGACGUCUCUUACUGGCCGGGCUAACUUGAGCUCCUGAGAGCACGCCAUGUCUUGCUUCCCAAGGACUAGAAUGACAGAUGCACAUCCACCAGCAGAGGAGACCCUGGGAAUUAGAGGUUGACGUCCUGGAGGGCCUGCGAAACCGGUUUAGAAAAGAAUAAGUUAUGUAAAGUGGAAUUUAACGCUCAAAGCUGAGCAGCCUUGGUAGGGACUGUAGGAAGAGUUCCCACCUCUAAAAGAAUUACAGACAGAGACUAUG